AUGUCGAUUCCUGCUGCUGCAUCUUGCCAAGUUGCUAAAGAUACCCGGCCCGUUACGCCUUUGCCGCCCACACACUCGCUCCGCAUUCUUCUCGUUGACGACAAUCAUGUCAACCUUUCGAUCCUCAGCAUGCUGCUUAAGCGUCGCUUCAGUCAUGUGCUAGCACGUCCUCCGGUCAGCCUCGAUAGCGGCCUCAAGGCUUUGCAGCUUCUUCGCACCGAGAUCUUUGACUUAAUUUUCAUGGACAUCGAGAUGCCCUAUCUGGACGGCGUCGAAUGCGCACGCCGCAUUCGUGCUGGCGAGGAUGGCAUUCUCUCAGCCAACCGCAAUGCACACAUCGUCGCCGUUACCACCAAUGUGGGCCCUGAACCUGCUUCUCUCUACCGCCACGUUUGCAUGGACGGCAUGAUCAGCAAGCCCGUUCGCUUCGAAAACUUCCACCAAUAUCUUUGUCCGCUCUCCAUUGAAGCCUCCGAGGCCAAAGGUUCAGUGACUCCCGUGCUGGUGGGUUCCGAGCACAUGCUACCUCCGAUGCCUCCAAUCGAGCUCGAACAGCGUCUCUUUUUCGUGCCUGCGCCCAACGGUGGCAUGAUCACCACAUCAAUGCCGUCCAGACGCGACUGCACCUCGCCGACACCCGAAUACUCGAAUGCGAACCAAUUCGCCGCCAUGCUCAAAGCACAGACGUCCAAGUCGCUGCGCGACCGCAAAGCUCUUUCGGUCUCUCGUUCCAGCAUGCUUUCUGAACCUCGCAGGUCGUCGUUCAACUCGCCCAGGUCGGAGCAUCUCCCUUCCAUUUGCAUUGUGCGCCAAUCCGGCGCCGUCGAGGAUGUCGAGCUUGUCAGCCAGGACGGACAAGCUAUCAACCCCUCCGCGCACGAAGUCGAAAAGGGCAUCACCUGCGACAGCAUGCUCUCGUUCGAGUCGCUCGUCGAGCGCGAGACACGCGAGCGCGAGCUCGAUUACAUCGUGCAGACUCGAGCGCCCAUUCCUACUCGACCUACACCCAUCCACCGCAUCAGCUCGCCUGCGUAUCUGCUCGAGGCUUCGCACAUCCAUCGAAUUCGUACCGAGCCGGCCAUGCGCUCCAAUCCGGACCUCGCUUCACCUCAGGCCGUGCGUCCCGGCAUCCGUCCUGUGCCACGGAAACGACCCAUUCGCAACGACUCGGACGGCUCGUCGAACAGUGCUACGGACAGCGCUGAUGUUGCUGGUUCCCAUCUAUUGUCUUCCGUUUGGUCCAAUACGCCCAUGUCCUCGGACCACACAACUUCCACACAGCGGUCUCCGUCGCUCGAUGUGUUGAGUAGCUUUGACAUCGUCCAUGCUACUAGCCCGUCGUCUGGGCAUACCACGCCAGUGUCAUCCCCGGCCGACAUAGAUACGCUUGACGACAAGAAGGAUUACGGCAGCGAUGACGACUACCGCGAUGAUCUGUUCAGUCCAUGCGCUGACGACCUGCUUGGUUCUCGUUCUGCGGAGUACUGA